GACCCGACCCACCUCGUCAAUAAAACCAGCCAUGUCAUCUGGAUCAGCCCAACCCUCUAUUCGUACCAGACCAGACCCGACCUUUGAACUGAACGACCCACACAAAUUAAAUCCCUAAAAUCUAAAGAAGAAGUCCACUUAUCCCCAAUCCUUUGUAUUGAGAUUGUUGUUGCCAGCGUCGAAAAGAGAAAUAGAAAGGCACUUCCAGUGAAGAAGUGCGGGUUCGCGGGGCAAAGGACUGGAAGCUGCUGAACGUGUUGGAGCCGAUCUCGAUGGGGGCAUGGGUGAUGCCGAGCUUUGGGGUAGGUGAGAGGACAUAGAUCUUGUACAUGAGAGCUAAGAUCGAGAGGAUCGUUGGGUCCAGGUAUUCCGAAGCUUUCUACAUGUUGAACCCAUAUAGCAAUGGCGCUCCUCAGCUCAACAUCUAUCUUCUUAGAGUUUAGUAAAUUAGAGGUGGAGUGUGGAGAUGAAGGUGGAUACUUGGGGGAUACUGUUAAUCUCUUAAGCUUUAAGAUAAGGAAAAUCGAUGUCGUAAGCAUGGUAAUUGGCUUUCAUCUUGGUAUUGAGAUUGUUGUUGUUGCUAGCGUCGAACAGAGACCGAAUAUGAAAUAACAAGGCACUUCCGGCUCCCGGGAUCCAUCGGCCACUACUGCUGCACCAGUGAGUGAGUGAGAUAUGUGUUUGCGUGUUUGUUGCAGCGAGGGAGUGAGUGGCGAUGGAGGCAGCUCCAUCCAUUCUUCGUCGCCGGUGAAAUAUCGAACAGAGGGAAAGAGGAAGAAACUCAGGAGGAAGGAAGGAGGUAACAGGAUCGAAGAAGGGGAUAAGUGGACUUCUGGUUUAGAUUUUAGGGAUUUAAUUUGUGUGGGUCGGUUUGUUUAAAGGUCGGGUCUGGUCUGGUUAAAAGGUUGGGUUGGUCCAGGUGACAUGGCGGGUCGGGUCUCAUUACUUUCGGGUUAAAUAAGGGUGAUUAGACAAUUUCGUCCGCCACGUCAUCACUUCACGGACUUGGUUAGCGAAGAUUAACGGCGACUAACAGAGAGUGACCAAACGUGAACAAUUUCACUAAACUAAAGGACCACCAAUGAAUUUAAAUAUUUCGAAUGACCAAACAUAAACUUUUUUUGUAAUCUCAGUGACCAACCAUGCAAUUAACCCCUAAACGCCUAACCCCAUAAGCAGCCUGUUUAAGCAUAAAAUGAUUCAAAUCUCCCUCCUUUAUUAAUCUGUUGUCUGUGCAUCAAGAAUCUGAUAAACACUUCGAUUAGCUCCAGAACAUUUGUUCACAAAAUUUUUUCAAUGCUAAAGCUAAAAGGCUAUCUCGCUUCUUGUAUCUCCCGAAACCCAAUCAAAUCAAAAUCAAUGGUGCCACAGUAGUAGUGAGUGAGUGGGGGACCGACCACCAUUAAUGCCUGUUGUUUUUCCAUGACCUUUCUCCACCAAACUGUCCUAUUCCCCUCUCCUCUGCUUGGGCUUUUCCUUCCCAGUUCGCUCCACCGCCUAUCCCAGUUUUUCUCGUACUCUCUCCCUUGUCUUCUUCACCCAUCCUCUCUUCCAGUCCAAGCACACCGAGUGGAGGGAAAGGAAAAUGAUGGGGGUAGAGGGAUCCACUGAAUUCACAUCCCCGCCAGUGCAUCACCACCGUGUUCUUCUCAUCUCCGCCGGCGCCAGUCACUCCGUCGCCCUCCUCUCUGGGAAUGUGGUUUGCUCCUGGGGAAGAGGCGAGGAUGGACAGUUGGGUCAUGGGGAUGCUGAAGAUCGACUCUCCCCCACGCAACUCAGCCGCUUGGACGGACAUCAGAUUGCUUCCGUCACUUGCGGUGCUGAUCAUACAACUGCCUACUCCGAUUUGACCUCCGAGGUCUACAGUUGGGGAUGGGGAGAUUUUGGCCGGUUGGGUCAUGGUAAUUCUAGUGAUCUGUUCAUCCCUCAGCCCAUCAAAGCAUUGCACAGUCUUAAGAUCAGGCAAAUUGCUUGCGGGGACAGCCAUUGUUUGGCAGUUACAAUGGACGGCGAGGUACAAAGCUGGGGAAGGAAUCAAAAUGGUCAGCUUGGUCUAGGAACCAUGGAAGAUGCUCUCGUGCCUCACAAAAUUCAAGCUUUUCAGGUAGUUUAUGUUGUAUGAGCAUCAGCAACUUAUGCAUUGACAGUAUCUUCUUUUGAGGAGAAUUUUUGUCCCAGCAUCUGGGAAUAGCCUGAGUUUGGUGUGCAUCUUGAUCACGUAUGAAAUAGGCUGUCCUGUUCAGUUGUUGGCGCAGUCAAGUCUUAUUAUCUUAUUUUUUAACCUUGAUGUGACCUGACUUGGAUGUUACCUAGAUCAGCACCUUGUAUAAAUUGAAGGAUGUCCUUCUGAUUCAUUCUAGCAGCAGAAUGAUUGUUCUUUGAUGCUCAUGUUCGUAGGGAAUCCCAAUUAAAAUGGUUGCUGCUGGUGCUGAGCAUACUGCAGCUAUCACAGAAGAUGGAGAACUCUAUGGAUGGGGCUGGGGUCGAUAUGGGAACUUGGGCCUAGGUGAUAGAAAUGAUCGCUUAGUUCCUGAGAAAGUUUCUCUAGCUAAUGUAUGUCAACAAAGUGGUAUCUUCACUUCAUUUAACUUUUUCUUUGUCUGAUUCUGUAUUCUCUAUGCUAAUCCUUCCAAAACCUUGUGGCUGAUAUAUCUAGUUAGAGUUUGGCUUCACAGCUAAAGGUUGAAACCUGACUUUAAAAAAUGUCUUCUUUGGCUUACUCCAACAAAUAUACUUAACUAAUAUGCAUUAAUCUUGAUGGAGGCCGAGCAGAACUAAAUGGGUUAAGUCUUUUGCUCUGAGUGUCCUCAUCUUUUUGGUUUGUCAUUUCACGGUGGUACUCCUACAUAUAUGAUAGCAACGCAAUCAUUUUCUUCUCUUGGAACUUUAAUGAUAGUUAAUGCUCUGCCCCUUGCUCAGUACCAGUUUGGUUAAUUCAACUUAAAGUUGCAGGAAGAGAAGAUGGUAAUUGUUGCUUGUGGAUGGCGGCAUACGAUAUCUGUAUCUUCUUCUGGUGGUUUGUACAGCUACGGGUGGAGCAAAUAUGGUCAACUAGGUCAUGGAGACUUCGAGGACCAUCUCUCUCCUCAUAAACUAGAAGCUCUGAAAGAGAGUUCUAUAACUCAGGUACUGGGAAUUUGAUCAGGAGAAGGCCUUAUGAAAGUCAGGUGCCCCUGUUUCUUUUUCUUCAUUACAAUCAGACUGAGGGGAAAUGAUUCAGGUGUCCUUUAGAGUUUGCCCAGUUGUUAGCUGUACUUCUACAGUUCUACCUCAUAUCCUGAAAUCAGAAAUCCGCAAGGAACGCCUUCAAUUAGUCUUUACUGGUCUUGGACACUGAUUCCAAAUUUAACUUCCCAUUUAUUUUUCUUUUCUAGGCAAGAUUGGUUUAUCUUUUACUUCAUUGCUCAUUUUUUCAAUGUGUCUUGGUCUGACUUUUGCAGAUAUCAGGUGGCUGGAGACAUACCAUGGCUGUGACAUCGGAUGGAAAGUUAUAUGGCUGGGGAUGGAAUAAGGUUAGCAAUUUCUUAUUGUUCUAGUGUCUGUUCGUACAGUAAACCAGUUCUCGAGUU